UUCUUGCAUGUUCAAUCUAAACUGCCAAGGACAUUUUGUGCCACAGAUGUGGCUGGCCUCGUACACGAUGGCCCGAGUCUUAGGAAUCAGCAAAAUAGCAAUGAGUAGUUGUGCAGAGCCACAGAGAGAGAGAGAGAGAGAGAGAGAGAGAGAGAGAAGAGCUUUAUCCCUUUCUUUCAUGUUGGGGAAGCCGAAAGGGGAACAAGUCCUGAACAGUGCUGAUUUGGGCAAAUGUGUUUGUUUUAUGAUAUUCCGUGUCUUCAUCUGCUUUCACAUUUACGCCACAAAAGCUCCCUCUGUUUGUUUUCUGGCUAUUUAUAUCUGCCAUGGAUUCUGGGAAACGGUAUGCAUGCUCUUAACUCAAACCCAACAAGGCCACAAGAACAAGAGAACACGAAACACAGUGAAGGAGAUAGAGAGAGAGAGAGAGAGAGACAUCGGGCAAUCUGCAGAAGCAACACCGGUCGUCGGAGGAGCGGUUCAGUUGCCACUUUGAAAGCCGCAGAGAUGGAGAGGCUGAACUCGGAGCUGUAUCUGCAGAACUGCUACAUAAUGCAAGAGAACGAGAGGCUGAGGAAGAGAGCCCAGCUCCUGAACCAAGAGAACCAGGCACUCCUUUCCCAGCUGAAGGACAGGCUCUCCAAUGCCAAGGAGGAAGGUCCUAGUCCUACCUCGAACACCACCAUUCUCGAUCAGCGCCGUGGCUCCGCUAGCUCUAGCUCGCGACCUGAUUAUUCCAAUACCGGCACCAACGCCUAAUAUUCAGAUGCGCCACGAAUGCCCCGCCUGACCCCAUCGACGAUCCGCUCUCUUCUUCCAGUGUAAUACCCAGUUAGAAAAAGAAGUUUGUCGUUAGAUUCAUCGGUUCGGUUUUUCUUUAUUGACGAUCUUUGCGGGUUGACAUGUGAAUUUCUAAUCUCUCAAGCAAGUCUCGGUCCAUCACCAAAUGCCAAAUGCACCUCUCUCUCUCUCUCU